UCUCUGUGUAGCCUUGGCUCUACGAGACUCGCUUUGUAGAUUAGGCUGGCCUUGAACUCAGAGACCCACCAGCUUCUGCUGGGAUUACAGGCCUGUGCUAAGGCGCCCGUCUACCCUCAGGCAUUUUACAUAGAUUUGGGGACCAACAGUUAGACUGCCCUUAUGGUGGAGCCACAACCACCUGCGUCUGAAUUGCAAGGGUCCUAGCUGGCUACGGAAGUGCAGUCCAGGAAACGGAAGUCUUUGUCAGAGACUGACCUACCAGGCGCAGUGUCUGCGGCCUCUUUAAGAAGGGGCGGGAAAACAGCGGCUGGAGGAAGUGAGGCCACUGGAGCGCCGGAAGCCGGAAGCUGGAAGCAGCCGCCUGAGUAGCGCGUGGGGGUGAUGUCGGCCAGCGGGGCUGUGCAGCCCGGGCCCCCGGGGGCUGCUGUUGGGCCGUCGCCCGCUGCGGCUGGGUCGCCGGCCACCGGGCCUUUGUUCCGGCCCCUCAGCGCCGAGGAUGAGGAGCAGCAGCCCACGGAGAUCGAGUCGCUGUGCAUGAAUUGUUACCGGAACGGCGUGACGCGGCUUCUGCUCACCAAGAUCCCCUUCUUUAGAGAAAUAAUCGUGAGCUCCUUUUCUUGCGAGCACUGUGGCUGGAACAACACGGAGAUCCAGUCAGCAGGCAGGAUCCAGGACCAGGGAGUACGCUACACCUUGACCGUUAAGGGCCAAGAGGACAUGAACAGAGAAGUGGUGAAGACAGACUCUGCCACCACAAAGAUCCCCGAGCUGGAUUUUGAAAUUCCAGCUUUCAGCCAAAAGGGAGCUCUGACCACUGUAGAAGGACUGAUCAGCCGUGCAAUCUCUGGCCUGGAACAGGACCAGCCCACACGAAGGGCAAUGGAAGGUGCCAUAGCUGAAAGAAUUGAUGAGUUCAUUGGCAAACUGAAGGACCUAAAGCAAAUGGCUUCCCCUUUCACUCUGAUCAUUGAUGAUCCCUCGGGAAACAGCUUUGUAGAAAACCCACAUGCUCCCCAGAAAGAUGACGCCUUGGUGAUCACACACUACAGCCGGACUGCACAGCAAGCUGAGAUGCUGGGGCUCCAAGCAGAAGCACCAGAAGAGACAUCGGAAGAGGAAGACCUUAGAAACGAAGUGCUCCAGUUCAACACAAACUGCCCAGAGUGCAACGCCCCAGCUCAGACCAACAUGAAGCUUGUCCAGAUCCCCCACUUUAAAGAGGUUAUCAUUAUGGCCACCAACUGCGAGAAUUGUGGGCAUCGGACUAACGAGGUGAAGUCUGGAGGAGCGGUAGAGCCCUUGGGUACCAGGAUCACCCUCCACAUCACAGAUCCCUCAGACAUGACCAGAGACCUCCUCAAGUCUGAGACCUGUAGCGUGGAAAUCCCGGAGCUCGAGUUUGAGCUGGGAAUGGCUGUCCUUGGGGGCAAGUUCACCACUCUAGAAGGGCUGCUGAAAGACAUCCGAGAACUGGUAGCCAAGAACCCUUUCACACUGGGCGACAGCUCGAAUCCUGAUCAGUCGGAGAAACUGCAGGAGUUUAGCCAGAAGAUGGACCAGAUCAUCGAGGGCAAGAUGAAGGCCCACUUUAUCAUGAAUGAUCCAGCAGGAAACAGUUACCUGCAGAAUGUGUAUGCCCCUGAAGAUGACCCGGAGAUGAAGGUGGACCGGUACAGGCGCACCUUCGACCAAAAUGAGGAGCUCGGCCUCAAUGACGUGAAGACAGAGGGCUACGAGGAAGGCCUGGCCCCACAGCGGUAGCAGUGGGCCGCUAACAGGCCAGCUCCACUGCCACUCACACCGCAGGGUUAUUUAUUACUGUUGGAAAACGAUGAGCGCCCAUGCCCAUGGUGAGGAGGAAACGGCUUGAGCUGGAAAUCUAAGCCUGUGAAGUGAACAGCUGGCGCAGCUGCUGCAGGCCUACUGUGCUCCUUGACUUUGCUUUGGAUAUUUUAAGUCGGUGUGAGAAGAACCCCAGACACACCAUGUGAUCUGUCAUCACCUUUUGCCUAUGCGCUCUCUGCCCUCCAGGCCUGACCUCUGAACUUUGAGAAAGUGAAACACAAGUUGCAGCUGGUUUUGGGCAUCUGAAGUACUUACUACCUUUCAGCAG